AUGUGGGAUGUCGUAGAACAAGGAAACUACAUUGCGUUUGACGAGGCUGGCAAUGAAAUACCUAAAGCACAUUGGAAUGAAGAACAAAAACAAAGAUUCAUGUUGAACUCCAAAGCCCAAAAUGCACUCAUGUGUGCUCUGUCUGAGAAAGAGUACACCAAAGUACACAGCUUCAAGAGUGUCAAGCAGAUGUGGGAUACCCUAGUUCUAACCUACGAGGGAUCCCUGGAGGUAAAACGCAACAAGCUAAGCUUGUUGGCUUGUAAGUAUGAACUCUUCGAAAUGGAAGAGAACGUGUUUAUCCAAACCAUGUUUGGAAGAUUCCAAACUAUUGUAAAUGAACUCUCCUUUUUAGGUAGAAGCUGA